AUGAGAUUAUCAAAAAAUUAUCUUACUUAUCUUACAAGAUUUAUUCGGAAACCUUAUAUACCAGAAAAUCCUAAGAAAUUACAAUGUUACUCAAAUUAUGUACCUAAUUCAUUGACAAUGCAACAAUUUAUGGAUUUUGGUAUUGUUGGUUCACCACAAAGUUCUUUUUAUUUUAUUAGAAAAGAACUUCCAACUAGAUUAGCUAAUAUAAUGGCAGAAUUUGUCUAUCUUCCAGAUAGAUUAUUAGAAAUGAGAUCAACACAACUUCUCAUUGAUUGGUAUGAAACAACUUUUAGAGAAUUAAUGGAAUUUGAGCAUGCUUCAGCAGAUACUUCAACAUUAAUGAGUUUUAACGAUACUUUGCAAACGAUAUUAAAACGACACUCAACUGUUGUUCAGACAAUGGCUGAUGCUAUUGCUGAAAUGGAAGAAGCUGAUGGUAUAAAUCCAGCAAAUUAUUGGGGUGUACAAUAUUUUUUAAAUAGAUUUUACCUUAAUAGAAUUUCUAUACGUAUGUUACAAUAUCAACAUUUAUCAAUUUUUGGUGAUAUGGUACCUGAUUCUCCUAAUUACAUUGGUUGUAUAGAUCCAUCCUGUGAUAUACAAAACAUCAUUGAACAAGCAUAUGCUAAUGCUAAACAUUUAUGUGAUUUAUAUUAUUGUGGAUCACCAGAUAUAAAGUUUAAAAAUAUUAAUACUGUUGUACCCGGACAAAAAAUUUAUAUUACAGCUGUUCCUGCACAUUUAUAUCAUAUAGCAUUUGAAUUAUUAAAAAAUUCAAUGAGAGCUGUCGUGGAACAUUGUAAAGAUGAAGAUAACUUGCCUCCAAUAUGUGUAUUAAUAGUAUUAUCAAAAGAUGAUCUGAGUAUUAGAAUUAGUGAUAAAGGAGGUGGUGUAGAACAAGAAAAAAUGGAACAACUUUUUAUGUACACUUAUUCAACAGCUCCACCACCUGCUAGAGAUGGUAGUGAGCAAACACCAAUGGCUGGUUAUGGAUAUGGGUUAUCAUUAUCAAAAUUAUAUGCUAAAUAUUUUCAAGGCGAUUUAACAUUGCAUUCUAUUCAUGGGUAUGGAACUCAAGCAACUAUAUAUCUUAAGACAGAUCCAAAAAAAGCUUGUGAAGUACUACCUAACUAUGGUGCCUCCUCUAGAAGGCUAGUUCAACAGCUAACUCGUGGAAGUGAUUGGUCUCAUGACAUAUCUAACCGUAGGGUAUAA